AUGAAUGAAGAAAAUAUAAAAGAAAAAUUAAGAACUUCUAUUAAUCAUUUAAACAACAGAAGACUUAAAUUUGAUAUAAAGAACUUUCCUAUAGAAAAAACAGUUUAUGAGAUUUUUAAUAUAUUUUCAAAAAAUUUAAAAAGCAAAUUAAAAGAAGUUUUGUUAGAAUUAAAAAAAAGAAAAAAGAAUUGUGAUAUAUGUUCAAAAAAUAUAGAUACAUUUAAUCCAACUCUUUUGUAUGACGUAGAUGUAAAUAACGCAACAUUUUCUUUUAUUAGAAUAGAAGUUUGUUGUAUUAAAUGUUACACCAUAAAGAAUUUUUCUAUAUUUUCAAAUAAAUUAUAUAAAAAUUUAGAUUCAAGUAGUUUUUUAAAUUUUUCCAGUAUUUAUGAACAUUAUUAUAAUGUUAAUAAUUUAGAAAUAGAACAAAAAAAUAUUCUAGAGAAUGAUAUAAAUAAUUAUUUUAUUAUAUCUAUAUUAGCAAAAAAUUUAAGAUGGAAAUGUUCAACACCUCAUAAAACUUUUGAAGAAUUUUUAGAAUACUCAUUAAAUAAUUAUAAAUCAAAUCAGAAUACAGGAAAUACAAAAAUAUUAAAAAAAAAAAAAAAAGAGAUAUUAAAAAUUAUUCCGAACAAUGGAAAAAAGAAAAAAUUAAAUCAUAAAUAG